AUGUCGCUCACGGUAGCUCUUAAAGCAAAACCUAUUGCCUACAGUGCAAUUGCUUUUGCUGAAUUUGUAAACGCUUCUGGCCUAGGUCAUAUUGCUACUAAAUUUGAAGAUGUCAAUCUGAUUGACAAUGCCGACAAGGCAAGCAGCGUUGCUGUUGACUUAAAUGGCAACAAUAAAGUGUAUGGAUCCGAAAAUGUCGUCAACAGUUUUCUUGAAAAGUUCCCCGAUCUUUUUUUGGGAAAGAAUGAAAAAUCAUCCGUUCAAACCUGGAUUGAGUUAGCUGCUGCCUUGGCUCCUUCUCAUAACUUUAUGGAAGUUUCAAAUUUGUUGGCACAAUUAGAUGACCAUUUAAUUAUGCGCACUCUCUUUGUUGGUUAUUCUUUAACCAUUGCCGAUAUGGCUGUUUGGGGAGCUUUGAAGGCUAACAACAUGGCUGCUGGUGCCGUCCGUACUGGUCAAUAUCAUAAUCUUGCUCGUUGGUAUAGAUAUAUGGAUACUCAAAAGCCCUUUGCCGUUACUUUGGAAAACUUUACCAAGUCUGUUAAUUCCAGCAAGAAGCAAAAAUCUUCUGGUCCCAACUACGAAAUUGGCCUUCCAGAUGCUAUAGAUGGAAAGGUUGUUACCAGAUUUCCUCCCGAGCCCAGUGGUUACUUGCACAUUGGCCAUGCUAAAGCUGCUCUCUUGAACGAGUACUUUGCCAAGAAGUAUCACGGUAAGCUCAUUGUUCGUUUUGAUGACACCAAUCCUAGCAAAGAAAAUGCUGAAUUCCAAGACUCGAUUUUGGAAGAUAUUGCUUUGCUCGGUAUUAAGCCCGACGUCAUAACUUAUACCUCUGACUAUAUGGAUAAAAUCCACGAUUUGUGUAUUGAGAUGAUUAAGUCUGGCCAUGCUUAUGCUGAUGACACCGAGGUUGAACAAAUGCGUGCUGAGAGAAACGAAGGUAUCCCUAGCAGAUACCGCGAACGUCCCGUCGAAGAAUCUCUUGCUGUUUUUUCUGAAAUGGAUAAGGGAUCUGAUUUAGGUUUGAAGAAUUGCAUCCGUGCUAAGAUCUCCUAUGAAAACCCCAACAAAGCUCUUCGUGAUCCCGUAAUUUAUCGUUGUAACUUGUUGCCUCAUCAUCGCACUGGUACCAAGUAUAAAGCUUAUCCUACUUAUGACUUUGCUUGUCCAAUUGUUGACUCUACUGAGGGCGUCACUCACGCUUUACGUACCACUGAAUAUCGUGAUCGUAACCCCAUGUAUCAAUGGAUGUUGAAGGCUAUGAACCUUCGCAAGGUCCACGUUUGGGAAUUCUCUCGUAUGAACUUCGUCCGCACUCUCCUUAGUAAGCGUAAGCUUACCGCCCUUGUUGACCAUGGCUUAGUUUGGGGCUGGGAUGAUCCUCGUUUCCCUACUGUUCGUGGUGUCCGUAGACGCGGUAUGACUAUUGAAGCUUUGCAACAGUAUAUUAUUUCUCAAGGUCCUAGUAAAAAUAUUUUGACUCUUGACUGGACUUCUUUCUGGGCUACUAAUAAGAAAAUAGUUGAUCCAAAUGCUCCUCGUCAUACUGCUAUUGCAGAAGAAGGACUUGUGAAAGCUACCCUUACUAACGGUCCUGAGGCUCUUUACACAAAAGACCGUCUCAAGCAUAAGAAGAACCCUAACUUGGGUAGCAGAGAUGUUGUUUACUCUCGUGACAUUUUGAUUGAGCAAGCUGAUGCUUCUGCUUUGAAUAAGGAUGAAGAAUUUACUUUGAUGGACUGGGGUAAUGCUUAUGUUAGAGAAAUUACUCAUGACGUUUCCGGUAAAGUUACCGCAUUGAAGUUGGAACUUCAUUUGGAAGGUGACUUUAAGAAGACCGAAAAGAAGGUCACUUGGUUGGCUGAUACCGGGGACAAAGUACUUGCUGAUCUCGUCGAUUUUGACUACUUGAUUACUAAGGAUAAGCUUGAGGAAGAAGAUGAUUACAAGAAUUUCUUGACUCCUAAGACUGAAUUCCACACUUCUGUUUAUGCAGACAAUGCUGUCAAGGACUUGAAGAAAGGAGAUAUCGUUCAAAUUGAGCGUAAGGGUUAUUUCAUUGUGGAUUCUCCCUUCGAUGGCAAGGGUAUUUCUUUCUUCAACAUUCCUGAUGGCAAGACUGUCAACCGUUACGGAACAAAAAAUUAA